AUGGAAACGCCGGAAGAGAAGAAGGAAAUGCAAAUGCAAAAAGAAGCAUCUUUGAGUAGCAUACCAGCAGCUAUACAGUGGAAGCGCGCUGCUCUCAUGGCUAAAAACGCAGCUUCUUCAAAGGAAAAUAUUGCCGAUGACAGUGAUGCAGAGGAUGUCGACACAAAGCAACAGAUUCAAUAUGGCAAUACAUGCCAGGCUACCUGCGGCAUUUUGAAAGAAUAUUGUGAUUAUAGUACCAUUCACGGUUUCCGAUAUUUGGGUGAAAUAAAGCGACCUCGUUGGGAAAGACUUUUUUGGGUAUUCGUGCUGAUCUUCUCCAUUUACACUUGCGCCACGCUUAUAAUGAAUAUCUGGGAUAAAUGGAACAACAAUCCAGUCAUUGUUUCUUUUGCUGAAAAAUCCACACCAGUAUGGCAGAUACCAUUUCCGACUGUGACAGUUUGUACCGAAACCAAGGGCAGGCAGAGAGUUUUCAAUUUUACUGAAAUCUAUUGGAGAAUCACCGAUAAAUUGAACAACGUCACAGACGAGGAGUUGACAGAUGAAGAACGCGUGCGCAUGGAAGCUAUGGCGCAGGUGUGUGACGUACAUUUGUUUGCUGAUUUGAAAUUUGGACAUAAAGCAACAUCAGCUGCUAAGGUGGUCGAUGCGUUGGCUGCAGUAACGCCACAGUUCAAUGAAAGCUAUUUGCAUUGCAAAUGGCGUAAUUUACCGGAGAAUUGCCAACAAAUGUUUCAGAAAUUUAUAACCGAAGAGGGUGUAUGUUAUAGCUUUAAUUCGCUUAGUGCCAAGGAGAUCUAUCGACCGGAGGGCAUAAUAAGCGAAAUGCUUUUCCAAACUGACAACCGCACUGCUACCGAUUGGAAUGUAGAGGACGGCUAUAGCGCCAGCGCUGAUCCCGAAACAUAUCCUGAACGGGUGCUUGGUCCUGGCGCACGCGCUGGCCUUUAUAUGGUUUUGAAUGGUUUCGAACAGGAUUUCGAUAAUUUGUGUCGCGGUCCAGUGCAGGGUUUUAAGAUUAUUUUGCAUACACCCGGUGAGGUAGCGCAAAUCUCCAAACAAUACUUUCGCAUACCAUUCGAUCAGGAGGUGCUCAUAUCGAUUAAACCUAAAAUUAUCACCACUUCGGAGGGUUUGCGUUACUACGAACCGCACAGACGCCAAUGCUACUUCCAAAAGGAGCGCCAUCUGCGCUACUUUCAAAUCUAUACGCAAAGCAAUUGCGAACUUGAAUGUCUGUCGAAUUUUACGUUAAGCAAAUGUGGCUGUGUUAAAUUUUCGAUGCCCCACACCCCUGAUACGCCAGUUUGUGGCGCGAUCAACGUGAAAUGCAUCAAUGAAGCUGAGGAUGAGUUGCUGCUGAAAGAAUUCAAUCAGGGUGCGGAAACGGCUGAAGAAAAUGUGCGUGGACGCACCGAAUGCGAUUGCUUGCCCUCUUGUACUUCCAUAGCCUACGAGGCGGAGAUUUCACAAUCCGAUUUCGACUAUAAGCUAGUGGCGAAUACAUUUAAGGAGGAAGAAUCAACACGUUUCAAUGCAAACAAUAAAAUGUCGCGUGUCUCAAUAUUCUUUAAGGAAGCACAAUUUCUUACCUCGAGACGCUCUGAAUUGUAUGGCACCACUGACUUUCUUGCCAACUGCGGCGGUUUGCUGGGCCUCUUUAUGGGCGUGUCUAUAUUGAGUAUUGUGGAAAUAGCAUAUUUCUGCUCGGUGCGCCUUUGCACCAACUUGCGCAUGCGUCAUACGCGCCGUAAAGAACUGGAGAAUAACGACGAGAUAGUGAAGGAUGCUUAG